CCCCUCCCCCUCAUUCGAAACCCUAAAUGAACAACGACAAAACCCAACCUCAUCCCCCCGAUUCCUCUCGUUCUCGCUCUAUCAAACGCCAUUAAUGAUUUCGGUUCAAUCGAAACAAACGAACACAGCAAGAUUCAAGAGUACUAAACAAAAACCCUAAUUCCCAAAUCAAAUCCCAACCCCAAUCCCUUAUACCAAACAAUGAUUACAAGAUAAAGCCAGAAUAUCAGCAAGAGAAGGAACUACAAACCUAUAAAUCGCAACAAAAAUCGAGAGCGCACCGAAAGCCUUGAAUGUUCAGGUAUGUUAUGUAGUGGAGACUGAAAAAUGGAGGCAUUAGUAGCGUGUUAUGGUGAUGGAUCUUUUGAUUUUGAUUCAGACUCUCAAUCUUCUUCCCUUUCGAAACAAACUUUAGCUUACUCAGAAGGACGUGCGCCGUUGCCGCCCGAGCAACCCAAGUAUGUGUCCAGCCCUUGCCACCACCUCCAGUUGAGCUCCUUCAUCCUCCAAAUUUGCUUGUUUCAGAUUCAGAUCUAGGUAUGUUAUGUAGUGGAGACUGAAAAAUGGAGGCACUAGUAGCAUGUUAUGGUGAUGGAUCCUCUGAUUCUGAUUCAGACUCUCAAUCUUCUUCCCUUUUGAAUCAAACUUUAGCUUACUCAGAAGGACGUGCGCCGUUGCCGCCCCGAGCAACCCAAGUAUGUGUCCAGCCCUUGCCCCCACCUCCUGUUGAGCUCCUUCAUCCUCCAAAUUUUCUUGGGCCUCAAGAUAUGCAGAUACGUCAGACAAAUAAAGUUAGGAGCUUCCCUCAUGUUGAUGGUAACUAUGCCUUACAUGUAUAUAUACCAAUUAAUAUUCCAUCUCCUUCAAAAAAAGAUAUAUCUGCUUUCUUGAAGAAAAUCUCAUCUCAGGAACCAAGUCUUCAUGUUGUUGAUGUUGAUGUCCCACUUAACGUCCUCUGCAAAAAUGACGAGAAACUCGAGCAAGUUGCAUUAGGAAGAGAGUUUCACAUAAGUUUGGGAAGAACUGUUCCAAUACGAGUACAUCAGAUUGACUCAGUGGUCUCAAUGUUAAGACAGAAGCUUCAAACUCAACAAAAGAGUUAUUGGAUUGACUUUCACAACUGGGAGGUUUUUGUUAAUGAUGAUCGCACACGCACCUUCCUUUCAGUAGAAGUUGUUCACAGUGGUCUUGUAGAGAUACAGAAGCAAAUUGAAGCAGUCAAUACAAUUUACAAGCUUCAUAAUCUUCCUGAAUUUUACGAGGAUCCGCGUCCUCACAUAUCCUUAGCAUGGUCACUGGGCGACACUAGCGAUUCCCUAAAGAAAAUUGUGGGCGAGGAAAUGAAGAAAUGUGUUACUGGGAAAUCUUUGAAGAAGUGUGUUUUUACAUGUAAAUUCAAAGAUAUUGAGUGUAAGAUUGGUAAUAAAACAUACAUAAUAUGUAAAGUUUCAGGCAGAUAGAUGAUAAUAUGUGGUUUGUGUAUGGUUUUUAGUAGAAUUUUCUUACUGAA